CGGAGCCCCAGCCUCCAUUUCCCUCAGACUCAGGAGUCUGGACGCAAAGCCGCACUGCCCCAGGAGGGUUGAGCCUCCUCCUCACUGUGCUGCUAGGCAUCGCAGUCCCAACCCAGCCCCCCAGUCGGCCUCCUCUCCCACUCUUGGGGGACCAAACCAGAAGCUUGAGGACCUCCAGUUGGACCCCUUUCCCCAGUUGUGGGUGUUGAAACUGAGGCCUAGGUAGGAGAGGGGCCUCCGUGCCCAUGAGUCACCCUCUCCACGCCAGGCAGCUCCCCACCCCGAGGCCUUCGGAUCCCUGAGGCCUGGUACUGCCAAGCUGCUCAGGUUACACACGCCCCCUGGUGAGGCCUGGGGUGCAUCGGGACCAGGGGACUCUCCAGCAGGUGCUCUGGCCUGGGGCCCGACCUCCAUUUUCUUGUUGCCCUGCUAGGUCCCCUGGUUGCUGGGGGGCCUCCCUAACAAUGGGACUCAGUGAGGCCUUCUGAGCCUCAGGCCCAUUGGCCCCUGGUUGCUAGGGGGAAGACCCCGUGACAACCAGGUCUUAGGAGCCUUUGGGCCACCUGGCGCUGCCUCGUAGGCAUCAAGUUACUAAACAGGGAUUCCCUGACAAGGUCUCUGGGAUCCCCACCUCUCAGGGUCCCCCGGUUGGUAUGAAGGAGAUGUCAUAGUCCCCUGCCAGCUUUCCUCCCAGGUUGCUAAGGUGGCUCUCUUAAUGCCCAGACCCCCACCUCCACCCCAGGCCCCUUCCACCUGGUUGCUAAGGAAGCAACUCCCUAGCACCCAGGCCAGUGUGACCCCUUCUUCCUUCUUCCCCAUUGCUAAGGGGGCUCCCUAGCAACAGAACUUAGAAUCCUGGGGGCUGGGGGGCGGGCGGGGCCAAGCCAGUUGCUGGGGUGAUGGCCUUCAAGGUCUCUCCCCACAGAGGCCCUGAGGGUCUGGGGAGGCAACAUGGUGGGUUCUGGGAUCCCAGCUUUGAGCCUCUUCCUGCUGAUGCAGGGCUCAGUAGAUGGAAAUGGAAUCCAGGGAUUUUUCUAUCCAUGGAGCUGUGAGGGAGACGUGUGGGACCGGGAGAGCUGUGGGGGUCAGGCGGCCAUCGAGAAUCCCAAUCUCUGUCUGCGUCUGCGAUGCUGCUACCGCGACGGGGUCUGCUACCACCAGCGGCCAGAUGAAACUAUGCGGAGGAGACACAUGUGGGCGCUGGGCUGGACGUGCGGAGGCCUCCUCUUCCUGAUCUGCAGCAUCUGCCUGUUCUGGUGGGCCAGGCGCCGGGAUAUGCUGCACCUUCCAGGGUUCUUGCAGGGCAAAUGCAAACUGUCGAGGACUGUCUCCCUGUUAUCCAAGGACCGGGGGACUCUGAGCGAGAAAAAGACGGCGUCCAUCGGCAGCAUGCAGCCCUCCCUGCCGACGGAGGGGGGCUUGGAAGCCUCGGGGGCCACCGAAGGGGAAGGGACGGAAGGGGGCGAAGAAACAGAAGGGGCGGAUGAGGAAGAUUAGGGGUGCCCCCGGGGGGACCCCUCAAUACAGAUAUAGCAUAUA